ACAGAAGCAGUGCGGGGGUCGUUGGAGUAGAUUACCGUUGUGAGUAUUCUCCUGGGAGGAGGGGGCGGGAGAGCGGGGUGGUUGUUGCCCCCGUGAGUGGAAUGACGAGUGGAAUGACAAGUGCCGCGAGUGAUGCGCAUAUCAGUGGAGACGAUUUCGGCGGUCGGCGGGAUUCGCAAGUCGAGGAUUACGGAAUCGAACGAGAGGAGAAAGGUGGCGGGAGGAAGAGGAGGGGGAGGAGGAGGAGAGGAGGAGGAGGAGAGAGGAAAACAACCUCCAGCAACGGAAAAACGCCACCAAAUGAACAACGCCGUUUCGACGCCUACGUCGAAUAAAACACAAGAUUCACGCGGGAGACAAUCUGGAGACUUGACCCCAUCGGACAAAACGACCUCCUUCUCCACCUCCUCCUCCUCCUCCUCACCGACGACUCCGAAGCAGCAGAGGCGACGACCUCCCCGAGACAGGGGGAAGUCGUCGGCGAAGCAUUAUGGAAAUGGCGGGAAGUGGGCCAGCAGCAGCGGCGGCGGCAGCAGCAUCAGCAUCUCAUCCAUCUGGCUCCUGCGAACGCUCUCGGACAAAGUGCUGUUGAUGACCGUGCUCGUGAGCGCGCUCGCGUCAGCGCUCUCCAGCUCGGCGAUCGUCAGGGCUGAGGGAACGAAAGGGGGCGAGAAAGGUAUAGGACCAGUGUUUUUGGAACCGGUACCGAACGUGACUGUGGCCAAGGGCCGAGACGCUUCCCUCACCUGUACUGUGGAUCAUCUUGGAAUGCACAAGGUCGCCUGGAUCCACCUGGAUCGUCAGAUGAUCCUCAGCAUCCACAACCACAUCAUCACCAGGACCCCGAGGUUCAGCGUGACCCACGACUCCCACAAGACCUGGACCUUGCAGGUGACCGCCGUGGAGGAGGAGGACCGAGGUCACUACAUGUGUCAGGUCAACACCAAACCCAUGAUCAGCCAGACGGGGUUUCUGCAGGUCGUGGUUCCUCCGAACAUCGUCGACGCCAUGAGCAGCCCCAGUAGCAUCGUCGUCAGGGAGAAGGACGAGGUGACGCUGUCUUGCCACGCCGAGGGAUUCCCCGAGCCCCAGAUCAAGUGGAAGAGGGAAGACGCGCAGUCCAUCAAGACCUCCGACGGGAGGAAAGUGAGCCAGCUGGACCACCCGGCUCUCCCCCUGGGCCAGGUCAGCCGAAUGGACAUGGGCGCUUACCUGUGCAUCGCUUCCAACGGGGUGCCGCCUUCGAUAAGCAAGAGGAUUACUCUGGACGUCGAGUUUUCGCCCCAAAUGCACGUGCCCAACCAGCUGGUGGGCGCCCCGCUGUCGACGAACGUCACCCUCGAGUGUUUCGUGGAGGCCCACCCUCGGGCCAUCACCUACUGGGAGUUCGCUGGGUCUAUGGUCAUGAACACCUCGAGGAUCGCCACGGACACCAUUGAGAAGCUCUACAGGAUCCACAUGCUCCUCAUCAUCAGAGACCUCCAGGAGAGCGACUUCGGGACUUACAAGUGCAUCUCCAAAAACAGCAUCGCCGAGACCGACGGAUCCAUCACCCUAAACAAAACUUACCGGCCAACUUCACCUCCACAAACGAUGUUGCACAGUUCUGAUGACGACGGCAAGUCGCACCUGGCGCGAAGUCGGGGCGGGAAGGAGAAGCUGCGGAAACAGCUGGAAGUGCCGAGGAGGAGGUUCCAGGACGAGGAACUGGACAGGAGGCUGGACGAGGACUCCCGCAAGCGGCUGCACGACUCCGACAGGAGGAAGUACGAUCUCGAGCCCAGCUCGGGAUACAGAGAUGAGAUUUCCAACAUGAUAAAUAAUCCGCCAAUCGACAGCAGCGCCAGCAGCGGCCUCCCUGCGAUCGUCUGGUUGGGCGUCCUCACCAGCGUCACUCUGGUCUCCGUUUUAGUCUAAUGGUUUCUUCCUCUCUUUCUUUUACUCUCUGUACGGGUAACUUUUGAACGCAUUUCCUUUUCGAUGUCUCUCGACGAUGUGUACAUAUAAUAUAUCACCACUGCAUUUGUAUUUCAUAAUGAAAUAUGUAUGGCUUUUCUGUAAUUGAGUGUAAAUAUACCGUAUGUAAAUAUGCUGUUUC